UUGACUAAAAAUUAAAGGAAUAUCUGCUUGUCUUUUGCGAUAACCAAGGAUUAUAAAACACGUCCUUGAAAAACAUUUGUCAUUUGAAUUAUUUCCCACGUCUCGUCUUGUUUCAAACGACAAACGAUUUUGAAUAUCAGUCUUCGUAGCCCAAACAUCUCACCUUAAAAGCGACAAACGAUUUUAAACAAUCAACUUAUUGGUGCGUGUUUUGACGCAGUUAAAGAACCGGCAACCGUAAGUGAAAGUUCUCACUCUCAUGGAUAGGGAGGAGGAGUCUAUUUUUAGAAUAUCCGAAUGUUUCUCAUGAAGCAGAUGCGCCUGUGCAUAAAUAUCUCCUACUAGCCUGUGAUAUUUUCGCCCAAAGAUAAGGUGCUUUUUGCAUUCAUCGUUAGAAGCGUUGCCAUAGUAACCGGUUGCAGUAGGACGGCCACACUAGCGGUGUUUCAAGGGCCUUGAACUUCAAUCGUUUUCAUCGCUGUUUGCCUUUUUAAAUGCUUCGCUCGCAGACAGGUAUAUUUCAAAAAGUAUUAUCAUCAUCAUAGAUCAACUGAUUUCAACUGACUUCUUCAGUGACUUGAACUGAUAUGACAUUUGCGAGAAAAGUGUAAAUAUAUCAAUAAUCCAUUCUGGUUGUUAUAAAGCAUUUAACAUUUUCUGAAAAGUGUAAAGAAUUCCAUAAUCAUCAUCUCAGACUGUUGCAAACACUUGCUGUUGCUUUAUACCGGUGAUUAGUGCUGCAUCUUUAGAAGGCCACAUGAUGUUAAGCAGAGUAUGUUGCAUCAUUGAUGUCGACGGGUUUGACAUAAAAAAAUCUGAUAAAUUUGGACAUUACACCAAUGAGUUCCUGGUUCGAGAACUAGGCUAUGUACGCGUGGAUCCCAACUAUGAUUUAAUGCCUAAAUCAUACCGUUUUGACUUGAGACAAAAAAUUAGUCUAGGGCGAUGUUCACCUAAAGGUAGGCAGACAUUGAAUUAUCAGUCUCGAAAUAUAGUAGGUUUGACAGUUCUACCAAAGCCAGAAGAAUGCGAUGCUAUAGAAUAUGACAGACUCAAAGAAGUAUUGCAGGAUAUCUAUGAUUUUUGUCGUAGAACAGAUGCUGAUGUCAUAGCCUACAAAGGUGGUGAUAAAGAAAGAAAACUUUGUGAAAGUCUCAAUAUUCCGUGCUUAGAUUUGCAAGGAUUUGGAUGUCCAUCGUAUAAAGAAUUAGUUGAAGCUAGAAAAGUAUAUUCCCAUCUUCAAGACUGUAACCAUCAUACGGAAUUCCGAGGUACCAGUUUGGUACAUUGUCCGAAAGCUGAAGUGACGGCGUACAGGGACUGGUACAUGAUGAACUAUAAGCGAUUCAGCAGUUUUGACUGACUGGCAUUCUAAAAUAUGCCAACCCAACGUCAAAUUUUUCAUUCUCUUCUGAUGUUCUCCUUUUUCCUGGGAUUUUUUUACAUUAUCCGAAUGCGCGCCUUGCAAGAUUCUUCACAAAUGCUGCCUCAAUUUCUGCCCAAUGCGUCCAGGUUCCGCCCUUCCAGAGUCUGCGCCCCUAUCGCUACUAUCCUCGUCAACUCUGCGCCUCGCCACGUUCAUAGAAGACAGGUAAUCCGUGAAACCUGGGGGCAUCCGGCGGUCACUAAAACACUAGGAAUCACCGUGGCCUUCGGAAUCGGGCGUGACCCUACUUUCCAGAGACCUGUGGACUGGGAGGCAGAGACUUUUGGAGAUGUCUACCAGUUACCCCUAAAUGACGAGUACAAACUCCUUCCACAGAAAAUUUUAACCCUUUUACAGAUGGCUUCUGCAACUUGUGGGCCGGUUUCCUUUCUCAUCAAAACGGAUGACGAUGUCUUUGUAAAUGUGUAUGCGCUAAAAGAGUUACUUGAAGACCUUAAAGACAAAUCUCAAGAGAGAAACUUUUGGUGCCUCGUUUGGGAAGGUAUGCCUGUGAUACGUACCAACCACUCAAAGUGGUACCUCUCUCAAGAAAAGUAUGGCGAAUCCAUAUAUCCGAACUAUUGCUCCGGAUCGGCUUACAUCAUCAACUCAGUUGUACUGGACGCCAUAUUGGGCUUGUCAAACCGCACUUCUCCAGAUGUGCCUGCAGAAGACGUUCACAUCACAGGGGUGUUGGCUCGCAGAGCCGGAGUGGGUCAUGUGCAGAUCAGUAAUAGAUAUGCUUUCGCAUCUACCAGCGAAGAAAGAAUAGCCAGUGGGCAGACGAUUUUUGCUCAUCUCGGUCCAGGCGCAGAAGAUAAGGUAGAACAAAUCUGGAAUUACUUGAUACAGAAGAGAAGACUACUGAGAAACGAAUCUUUAGGUGGAUUGUGAUUGUAACUAUAUUCAGAACUGUUUAUUGUAAGAUUUUGCGUUGAAUUAUAGUUUCAAUAAAUAAAUGAAAUAUUAUAUGA